AUGGCUCCGUUCGCCUUACACCGGGACGCAACAACUUCCCACUCGCAUAAUUCAACUUCAUCACCUACAUCAAGCUCAGACAAAGAAAAUCGGCGACACAAUUCAGAUAAGCGGGCAUAUCCCGUGAUGGUGCCCUCGCGUCUGAACAAACGACCUCGACUCGCAGACCGCGAUUCCAAUUCUCAGUCGCAAGCACCCCCGCCAUCUCAACGCAACGGGGAUACCAGAUACUAUGAUCCAGAUCAAGAUGCCGAUGAAAGACGACGUGUGCGAAGGGAGCUGAGAGAUCUCAACAGAGAACUAAAUGACUCACGAGGCGAGUUCAUGCAAUCCGGGAAUGACGGUAUCUACAAAACGGUUGAAAAGGCCAAUGAGAUUUUUGUCCAAGUGAAGCAGACGUCCGACGCUACGAUCGAUUCACGCCUCUUAGUCAACGCCGCAGAUUUGUCACACAAGAAAACAGCCCAGCUUGCCCUUGGCGACGCCUCUGCUGGAAUCGAUGUCGAUGAGUUUGUCUCAAAGUGUAUAUCAUUUAUGCACCACGGACCUACCAACACGAGUGAUGCACCGCGCGGAACACAAGGACGCCGAGGACGACCUCGUCAAAGCCAGCGAGACCCAUAUGGGAGCGAUGAAGACGAGGGCGAUGCAAUGAACUGGGAGUAUUUGGGCCAGGCAGCCUGCUUCCCACAUAAUGCCAGGCCAGUCGUGGCAGGAUGGCUGCUGGGCCCGCUUUCGGUGCAGAAGCGUGCGCGUCAGAUGACCCAACGUACAGCACGAGAAGCGAUCGAUCCAGAAAACGCAGUUAAGCCGGUAGAGCUGCAACAAGGGGACCUCGGUCAACAGGACAGCGUCAAUUUGACAACAACAUGUUCUCACAUCAACAAGCUGCUAUCGGAAACUCAGCGAAAACGGGAACGGAAGGCCGAGCAGAUGCUCGAGAACGCAGAAGAUCCUACCCCGGAGCAGGUCCAAGAGGUUUUCGAUGAGUGCGGUAUCGCCGACGACGGUGGAAUUCCGUUAUUUGCUUUCUGCAUCAAUCCACACUCCUUUGGACAAAGUGUUGAGAACUUGUUUUACGUGAGCUUCCUCGUUCGUGAUGGGACUGUUGGAGUUUCAACAGAUAGUCGUCAAUUGCCAACACUUCACCACUCAAACCCUUAUGCGCCGAGUGAAGCGCAAAGACAAGGCAUCCAAAAACACCAGGCCGUUUUUAGUUUGGAUUACGAGACCUGGGAACAACUCAUCACGGUUUUUAAUAUCAAAGAGCCAAUCAUCCCUCACCGUGAAGAAAUUGAGGAAGAAACCGGCAUGAGCUGGGUCUAG